AUGGCGACAACCGAAGAGAUUGUGCGGCGGCUCCAGGAGUCUCGCCCGCCAGCAACAGAUGCUGCCACCUACCUGACCAUUGUCGAAAUGUCCUUGUCUCCAGAGAUCCUGCCCGCGCUGCAGGAGAUAUUGGAGGACGUUUCAUUGACCAAUGAAAUCGGCUGGGACAUGGUUGAUAUGCUAAUCCCUAUUCCCGGCAGUGAGGAAUGCUUGGAGAGUAUUGCGCGUCUGGGCAACCCACGAGAGGUCAUUCUGAAGGUGCUCGAGAAAGCUGAAGGCUCUGAAGCUAUAACUACAAAGGGCGAGACGAAAGCUGCUAGGCACUUCGUCACCCUUUGUGGCAUGUUGGGGAUUCUGCUCAAACGGCUCCAGGUCAAGGCCCCGUCGCGGUUUCUACACACCGCGCUCGAAACAGUACAGAGAUGCUACGAUGCCACAAGCGCAGCAUCUACGGCGGCCGUCAUUUCUCUGGUGCAGUCUCUUGCGCGCAAGUCACGGCCCCCGCUGCCCUCUAGAAAAUCGAGCAUCAUGCUGGAUACGCCAUUCCAAGACAGCGACCCGGCGAAACAGGCGCCGGACCCCGAAGCGGAGCGCUCAGAUACACUGAACAAGGACGAGCCGCAGCUGAUAACCAGCCUACUGCAAUCAUUCAUCACAUGCAUCAUUGAGGCAUACGUCAACUCUAACGGCAUAGAGUGGGCCUCAAGAAUGCUCGAAUACACUUAUCCGGAGCGCAUAGUGCCUGGCCGGAAAACUAUGAUUCAAACAUUCAAGGAGGUGGUAGAGCUCCAAGCAAAGGAUGCUCUAGUAGGACAGCUAGUGGCUCUCGCCAGCGAUCUUGGCUUGUCGAAACUGCCCCCUUUCAAGAUAAAAGAGUAUCUUGAAGGCCCUAUUCACCGGGCGCCUCUCUCCAUUGAUUUUGACCCCCAGCAGCCGGAGCAACUCCACUUGUCAACAGGUGGCUUGGUGUGUCUGAACGCUUACUGGAUGUUUGCUGCCGACGUAUUUGAUGCGGACCGUGGCCUUCCAGAUGGGGAUCUCCUGCCGCAAUACAUGAUGCCAGAUCAUCAAGUCUUACUAAAGAGCUUCCUGGACGAUGAAUCUCAAAGCCAGAUUGCCACCAAUCCCGGAACAAUCGAGGCUCUGGUCGUAAUGGCUAUCUGGCUUGAUGGCCGGAAAGCAAUAUCAAACCCAAAGGGUGCUGAUACUAGUGCAGGAUUUAUGCCCUACCACCAUCUCUUAACCCUCAUUUCCGUCUUCCACCCCAACAUCCGAGUCCGCAAUGCGGCUACUGUUGUAGCAGGUUCAAUUUUGCACUCCGAUCCCGAAGAAGAAGACCGGCUGGCCAUUCUGGAAGAUCUGUUAGAGAGCUGCAUCUUUUCGUCUCUACAAGCGUGUGCAGUUUCCUGGCUGCGAGAAGAGAUUAUUGCAGCGAAAAAGGCUGGGUCAAAGGGUCGCUUCGCCAGCCCGGAAUGCUUCGAGACCAUUCAGUACACCUUGUUUCCGGAUUUGUCCCAUCUCAAGCAAGAUGAUGCUUCAACUCUACUGGACUUCUGGGCACAGAGUGCGCCUCUACACUUGCAAGUUGCUAAUUUUGCGCUCUUCUUGUUCGGCGAUGAAUACAAGAGUUUGGCCCCCGUCGGCAUGGCCGCGGCUAUUGAGCAUCGCUAUGUUGAGCCACUGCUGCAUGCUGCGAGGACGCUGGAGAAGGCAGCUGGUGCGAAGGAGGUGGAGAUUGAUGGAGAGGGUCUGAUGCAGCUCGGCAUCUUAACAGAUACGCUGAGUCGGGUACCGCUACAAUGA